AUGCCUUCUGGAACUUGCACCAAGACCAACCAGGGAGCCGAGGAGUGGAAAUGCGAGCAUGAUAUCAAACUCGAGCUCAUCGACGACAAGGGAACCCCAAGUACUUGCCGUGUUACUGCGCUUGCGAAGGCCAAAGAGCCGAAGGACCUGCAGAGAAAGCUCCAGGAUGUCGGUGCCAUCCUUCAGGGCCGAUUCGGGCGAAGAGGAUGA